CAGUUUACAUUACAACUAGAUUAUAUUAAAUAACCUUUAGUUCAAAUCAGAUUACUGAGUUUCGUUUUAGAACUUGUGAGUGUCAACGAAUGAAUUUCAGAAGUGUUUUUAUGUAGUUUCAUCAAACGAAAAAUCGCCUAACUGGCUAACUCAUUUUACGAUUAACAUGAUCUUGAAAAGCUGGAUGAUUUUCGAGUCACGCAGAACGGAUAUUCAGGAGGAACAAAAAAAUUAUCGAACACCAGACCAGCAGCUCGAUUCCGCAUCAGAACAAGACCGAAAACUACCCAGAGACCGACUUCGGCUCGGGCAACCUUCUCUAAUUACUCCAGCACAACUAGCAGACCGAGGUCGACCAAAUCUAACCGCAGAAAAUAUCCACACUAUACGAAGAUAGAAAGUCAAGAAACAACACCAUCGCCUACAACUCAUUCCCCUCAUGUAUCAAGAACGCUCAGCCCAAGAAUAACCACAAUGAUGGACCAAGCAUUGCAAUCGACGAAUCAACAGUUUUUGGAGGAUGAGACAACUGAACUGGGCCAUAUUGUAUUCUCUCUUCUGCAGAAGGCACCUUUACCUUCCAGUGUGAGACCACAAAAAAUCAUCUCGCCCAAUACUACUCCUCCAACAAUAUUUUCUACAGUCACGAGUCCAAGAACCAGAUACAUCUCUUCCACAAUACCCAUUAUACCAACUUCAACCAACAGAUUCUCGUUACGAAGACCUCAAGCCCCUUAUAAUCAGGCCCUCAAAGUUUCAGAGGGUUUUACACAGUACGAUGAGAUUGCGAGCUAUCUUGGCAAACUACCGAAAUACGCCAAGGUUAUACUUCACUCAAACGGUGUGAUCGAGUGUUUGGACCAAGGCAAUUUUCCACAUCCAGCGUCUUGUAGGAAAUUCAUAUCUUGCGCUAAGAUGGAGAAUGAGAGGGUGUUAGGUUGGGAAUACACCUGUCCCAAAAACUUGAGUUUCGAUCCCAUAGGUGGAAUCUGCAAUUGGUCUGCAGAACUGGGCUGCGAUGAGAAAUAGACACAUUUUUCAUAUGUGGAGUCAUAUUUGAGACCAAAAUAUGUUGUGCUAUUUGACAUAACUACAGAACGACCAAAGACUUCAAAUAUACAGUAUACAAAACAAUAACAACAAUAACUGUUCUUAAA